AUCAAGUGCCUUGGUCACUAAGGCAUAAAGCUUCUUCUUCCUCUCUCUCUAUAAACGCUGCUCAAAAUUCACAAUCUAGCUAGUAAAAACUCACACUGAAAUAGUUCGAAAAAAUGAUGGCCAAUAUGGGCCAUAUGUUUUCUCAAGUGGGCUCAAUUAUGGCCAGCGUGAUGUUUGUUUAUGCCAUGUUCCAACAAUAUUUUCCUUAUCAGUUCCGAAGUUACUUCGGAAAAUACUCCAACAUAGUGUUGGGGUUUGUCUACCCUUAUAUCCGUAUCAAAUUUGAUGAGUACCCCGGUGAUCGUUUCAAGCGAAAUGAGGUCUACACGACCAUCAAAACCUACCUCAGCGCCAAUUCCUCCGCGCGAGCCAAGCGCCUCAAGGCGCACGACAUCAAAGACAGCAAGUCCCUCGUUCUUAGCAUUGACGACAACGAGGAAGUCACCGACGAAUUCGAAGGCGUCAAACUUUGGUGGACAUCCCACACAAGCUCCCCAAAGAACAACAGCUUUAGUUGGUACCCCAACUCGGACGACAAGAGGUCUUACACGCUUACCUUCCAUAGACGUCACCGAGACCUAAUCACCACUUCUUAUCUUGGCCAUGUCCUCAAGGAAGGGAAAGCAAUAGAGGUGAAGAAUCGGCAGAGGAAGCUUUACACCAAUGGCAGCAAUGAGAAUUGGUAUGGUGCGAAGAGGACUAAGUGGAGCCAUGUCCUUUUUGAGCACCCGGCGACCUUCGACACUUUGGCUAUGGACCCUAAGAAGAAGAAGGAGAUUGUCAAUGAUCUGCUCAAGUUCAAGAAGGGAAAAGAGUACUACGCCAAAGUUGGCAAGGCUUGGAAACGAGGGUAUCUUCUUUAUGGUCCUCCGGGGACUGGUAAGUCAACCAUGGUCUCCGCCAUGGCUAACUUUUUAGAUUAUGAUGUCUAUGAUUUGGAACUCACAUCAGUUAAGGACAACACCGAGCUGAGGAAGCUGUUGAUAGACACUUCCAAUAAGUCCAUCAUUGUGAUUGAGGACAUUGAUUGCUCUCUUGAUCUUACUGGCCAAAGAAAGAAGGAAAAGGCGGAGAAGAAGAAAGGAGAUGAAGAAGAGAAGGACCCUGCUCGUAAAAGGGCUGAAGAGAUGGAAGAUGCGAACAAGAGCAAGGUUACUCUUUCGGGCUUGUUGAAUUUCAUCGACGGGAUUUGGUCGGCUUGUGGCGGUGAGAGAAUUAUUGUGUUCACUACUAAUUAUGUGGACAAACUUGAUCCUGCUCUCAUUAGAAGAGGAAGGAUGGACAAGCGCAUAGAGUUGUCUUAUUGUUGCUUCGAGUCCUUCAAAGUGCUUGCUAAGAACUACUUGGAUGUCGAAUCGCAUGAAUUGUUCGCGGAGAUCGAGUGUUUGUUGGGGGAAACUAAGAUGACUCCUGCUGAUGUUGCGGAGAAUAUUAUGCCUAAGUCUGAUGAUGAAGAUGCUGAUACGUGUUUGACGAAUUUGAUUGAAGCUCUUGAGAAGGAAAAGGAAGAUGCCAAAAAGAAGGCCGAGGAAGAAGCGAAGUUGAAGGAGGAGGAAGAGGCAAAAUUGAAGGCUCAAGACGAAGAAAUGCUCAAGGCUGAGAAAGAAGAAAAAGUAGAGAAGAAAGAGGGUGAACAAAAUUCUGCUAAAGAAAAUGGGAAAUGUACAUGUAAUGGAACAUCAUCAGCUAAGGAAGUGAAAGAGAAUGGAUCUGUCAGCUCUUAAUUAGGAAGUUUAAGGAAGACUGAAAGUUGAAUGUGAAGUUAAUUAUGUCUUUCACUAAGUUAUUAGAACGUUGCUUGUAUGUAAAGUUGUAUUUCUUUCUGUCUGUACUCCUAGUGGAUAUUACUAAUUAUGUGUGUUCUUAGAUUUGCCAAUAUUAUCAACAAUAAGAAUCUUUUAUCAGUUAUGAGACUCUUCGUGGUGGAA